CACAAAGCUCCUAAUUCACUCCCUGGUUAUCUCUCGACUUGCAACCGUUCAGUGUCUGCCACCCCUCUCUGCCAAUCCCUCCACUGGCCUCCAUUCAGUGUCCUCCACCCCUCUCUGCCAAUCCCUCCACUGGCCUCCAUUCAGUGUCCUCCACCCCCUCUCUGCCAAUCCCUCCACUGGCCUCCACUCAGUGUCCUCCAACCCUCUCUGCCAAUCCCUCCACUGGCCUCCACUCAGUGUCCUCCACCCCUCUCUGCCAAUCCCUCUACUGGCCUCCAUUCAGUGUCCUCCACCCCUCUCUGCCAAUCCCUCCACUGGCCUCCAUUCAGUGUCCUCCACCCCUCUCUGCCAAUCCCUCCACUGGGUUCCAUUCAGUGUCCUCCACCCCUCUCU